GCUGUAGGAAUCGAGGCUUGGCCAUGGCUUUGCGGGUCACCCGGAAUGCAAAGGUGAAUUCAGAGAACAAAACCAAGCCUGCAAUGGCAGCUAGCAAGCGGGGGGUUGCUGCUGCCAAGCCUGGCUUGAGGCCUAGGACUGCUUUGGGAGACAUUGCCAACAAGGCGUGUGAACUGAAGGCCAAGGAUGCGGUGAAAAAGGAGAUACCAAAACCUGCAGUUGUGGAUAAAGUAACAACUCGAAAAGCCAUAAAGCCCACUGGAAAAGCAGCUGAGCCUGUGAAGGAAGAAAAGCCAAUCCCAGAACCUGUUAAGUUGGAGUCUCCAGCCGCAAGCCCAAUGGAGACUUCUGGUUGUGCACCAGCAGAGGACAUGCUGUGCCAAGCUUUCUCAGAUGUUCUUCUUGAAGUGAAAGAUGUAGAUACAGAUGAUGCUUCUGAUCCAAAUCUCUGCAGUGAAUAUGUGAAGGACAUCUACAACUACCUGAAAGUUCUUGAGGAUCAGCAGUCAGUGAGAGCGAACUACUUGGCAGGCCAGGAAAUUACUGGAAACAUGCGGGCCAUCCUAAUUGACUGGCUUGUGCAAGUCCAGAUUAAAUUCAAACUCUUGCAAGAGACCAUGUACAUGACCGUUGCCAUCAUUGAUCGUUUUCUGCAGAACAACAAAGUUGCGAAGAGGAUGCUGCAGCUGGUUGGUGUCACGGCCAUGUUCGUUGCCAGCAAAUAUGAAGAAAUGUUUCCUCCAGAAAUUGGAGACUUUGCCUUUGUGACAGAUCACACUUACAGCAACCUCCAGAUCAGACAAAUGGAGAUGAAGAUCCUAAGAUCGCUCGAUUUUAGCCUUGGCCGCCCUCUUCCACUGCACUUCCUAAGGAGGGCAUCAAAAAUUGGAGAGGCAGAUAUACAGCAACACACCCUGGCAAAAUAUCUGAUGGAACUCUCGUUGGUGGAUUAUGAAAUGGUACACUACCCUCCCUCUCAGAUCGCUGCUGCAGCCUUCUGCUUAUCUACUAAAGUUCUGGAUGAGGGGGAGUGGACGCCAACUCUGCAACACUACAUGUACUACUCAGAGAGUGCUCUUAUUCCUGUUAUGCAGCAUAUGGCAAAGAAUGUGAUGUUGGUAAACCGAGGCCUUACAAAGCAUAUGACGAUCAAGAACAAAUACGCCAGCAGCAAGAAUGCCAAGAUCAGCACUCUUCCAGCACUGAACUCUGCAAUCAUACAGGAUCUGGCUAAACCACUAUUGAAAUAAAUCUAAUUUAACUGUUGGACGAAGUUGACACUAUGUGUCACUAGUUUUGUGUGUGUAUAUAUAAAU